GGCACAGACUGACCAGACCUGAGGCGGGGGGGAAGCCAUGGACCGAGGGGCAGCCUCCGCCCCCGGCACUGCCCCGACUCAGGAUGAAGAGCAGCCCUCAGAAUCUUCAGAGCCGCCACCGUGGCCGCCGCCGCAGCCUGCUCUCCCACCGCUCCACGCGCCUCCGCCAGAGCCCACACCACAGUUCUGUCCAGAGCUUGCUCCAGAACCCUGUCCGGAGAUGACCACAGACCCAGAGCUGGUCCCAGAACAAGAUACAGAACCGGCACCCGAGCCGACUCCAGAACCAGCUACAGAACUAGACACACAGCCAAUCUCAGAACUGACCCCAGAACCGGCCCCAGAGCCGAUCCUAGAACGAGCCACAGAACCAGCCAGAGAGUCCUGCCCUGAGCCGGCUUCAGAGACCCGUCCGGAGCCGAGUCCAGCACCUCAGCUACUGCAGUGUCCAGCGAUCGCUCCAAUGACGGGUCUGAAGACCUCAGCAUCGCCCCAAACGCCGGUGCCCUGGUCUCAUAUAAAGAAAAUACUGAAGGAAGGACCUCUGCUGAAGAGCUGUAACUCCUUCAAGAGAUGGAAGCUCAGAUAUUUUCUGGUUCGAGGACAAAGGCUCUGCUUUGCACAUCAUCCUGCGUUUGCACACUUUGAAACUGUUGAUCUGUCUCAUGUUGCUUUGGCAGAAACUAGCUGUAGAAACCUUUGCCACAGUUUUUGCGUUAUCACACCACAACGAAAACUUAUCCUGGCUGCGCCCAACCGGAAAGACAUGGAAGAAUGGAUUAAUGUCAUAAAAACUGUUCAACAGGGAGAAAUUCGUAAGAUACCAACAGCAGAAAACAACCCUUACCUUGUUGGAAUGCAUUAUUGGUAUUCUAGCCACAGCCCUCGGACCCAACACUGCAAUGUUUGCCGGGAGAGCAUUCCUGCCUUAUCUAGAAAUGUUAUCACCUGUGAAGUAUGCAAAGUGAAGUCUCACAUAUUAUGUGCUUUGAGAGCAAGCAAAGAUUGUAAGUGGAAUACUUUGUCCGUCACUGAUGAUCUCCUCAUACCUGCUGAUGAAAUAGAAACUAUGCCUCAUCAGUGGGUAGAAGGAAAUAUAUCUGUUAGUUCUCAAUGUGCAGUUUGUCAUGAGAACUGUGGCAGUAAUCAAAGACUUCAAGAUUUCCGGUGCCUCUGGUGCAAUUCUACGGUGCAUGAUGACUGCAGGCGUUGGUUUUCCAAGGAAUGUUGGUUUGGGCGCCACCGAAAUUCCAUCAUUCCUCCAACCGCCCUAACCGACCCACGAGGAGAUGGCCAGUUAGAAGUAUCUUCAGACUUCUGGAAUCUUGAUUGGUCAUCAGCCUGUUCAUGCCCCCUUCUCAUCUUCAUCAACUCGAAAAGUGGCGAUCAUCAAGGAGUAAUCUUCCUCAGAAAAUUUAAGCAAUACCUGAAUCCAUCUCAAGUGUUUGACCUGUCGAAGGGUGGACCUGAAGCCGGGCUGUCCAUGUUCAAGAACUUUGUUCGCUUUCGCAUUGUCGUUUGUGGUGGAGAUGGCAGUGUGAGCUGGGUCUUAUCUCUGAUUGAUGCCUUAGGAUUGCAUGAAAGGUGUCAGCUGGCAGUCAUCCCGCUUGGAACCGGCAAUGAUCUGGCCCGUGUCCUAGGCUGGGGUGCGUUCUGGAACAAAAACAAGUCACCUCUGGACAUCCUCAACAGAGUGGAACAGGCCAGUGUGAGGAUUCUAGACAGAUGGAGUGUAAUGAUUCGUGAGACUCCCAGACAAACCCCGUUGCUAAGAGGGCAAGUUGAAAUGGAUAUACCCCGAUUUGAGGCUGCUGCCAUCCAACACUUAGAAUCUGCAACCACUGAGUUGAACAAAAUCCUGAAGGCCAAGUAUCCUGCAGAGAUGAUCAUCCCAACCAGAUUCCUGUGCUCAGCAGUGGAAGAUUUUGUGGUUGAUAUUGUAAAGGCCUGGAGGCAGAUAAAACAGAACAAUGCAACAAUAGCGUCUGUGAUUUUGAAAAGCGACUUGAUAUAUGACAAGCUCAGUGUCCUGAUUGAUGUCCUGGCUGAAGAGGCAGCCAUUGAGAAGAGUGCAACAGUAUGUGCAGAGAGUAAUAAGGCAGAUGGAAAGCCCUUCGACCCUCAAAUAGACAACAUAGCCAAGUACAAGUUGGAGCUGGCCACAAAGGCCAAGAAUCUCCAGAAAUCCUUGAAACUCGUUGUAUUCCAAGUUGAACAAGUUCUGGAUGAACAAAGCCGAAAAACGAUAUCGGUUAAGAACUUUACUUCAACUUUUUCCCCGGAAGAUGACUCAGAAGAUAUUAGCCAGACAAGCCCAAGACACCGUUCUCGUUGUGGCAUCUUGUCUGCUAUACCUUCUCUCGAAAGUGAAGACCUAGAUAACCUUAAUUUGGAGCACUUACAUUUUACACCUGAAACUAUACGUUUCAAAGAAAAGUGCGUCAUGAACAACUAUUUUGGAAUUGGACUAGAUGCUAAAAUUUCUCUGGAGUUCAACAACAGAAGAGAUGAACACCCAGGACAAUACAAUAGCCGCCUUAAGAACAAGAUGUGGUAUGGUCUUUUGGGAAGCAAAGAACUUUUGCAGCGCUCUUACAGGAACCUCGAAGAACGAGUGCACCUGGAGUGUGACGGAAAAGCUAUCUCUUUGCCAAACCUGCAAGGCAUUGUAGUGCUCAACAUUCCCAGCUAUGCUGGAGGCAUCAACUUCUGGGGAAGCAGCACAGCAACCACUGAAUAUGAGGUACCUGCAAUAGAUGAUGGAAAGCUGGAGAUAGUGGCAAUCUUUGGUUCUGUACAGAUGGCGAUGUCCCGUAUCAUCAAUCUGCAUCAUCAUCGCAUUGCCCAGUGUCGUGAGGUGAUGAUAACCAUUGAUGGUGAAGAAGGUAUCCCAGUGCAGGUGGAUGGGGAGGCCUGGGUUCAGAGGCCAGGCCUUAUCAAGAUUAGAUACAAGAACACUGCCCAGAUGCUGACAAGAGAUCGGGACUUUGAGAACUCAAUGAAAAUGUGGGAGAGCAAGCAUACUGAAAUUCAAGCUGCCUCUCAACCCCAAUUGGACUCCCAGGGAUCUCAAGAUAGCCUCUCUGAUGAGGAGUAUGCCCAGAUGCAGCAGUUAGCUCGGCUUGCUGAAAACCUCAUCAGCGGACUUACUAACCUGAGCAAGAUCCACCAGCAUGUAUCUGUCCUCAUGGAUUCUGUGAAUGCCAGUGCCAAAAUCCUGGAAGACAUUUUUUAUGGCCAAGACAGCAGCAAUGAGGCAGGUGCAGCUUCCUGUGCUGACAUUGAGGCUCCUUUAAGUAGAAAUGAUGCAGUCGGUGUUACAUUCAAUCUUAAAGGGCUCUACGAUGACACCAAAGCUUUCCUGGAAAAAAACUUGUUGAGAAAUGCUGAGGCUGAGGCCACACUGCAAAUCACCCUGGAUGCCAUGAAUGAGGAGUUUGAAAAGCUAUCUGAGAUCAACUGGAUGAAUUCAGUCCUUUUUCCAGAGGAAAAAUCUUCUGACACUGACAGUAAAAACCUCAGGUUGAAAGUUAAGUUCCCCAUAUUAAGAAAGAAGAAGCUGGAAGAGGAAAGCAAGCCUAAAUCAGGCCAACGAGUCCAUGGUUUUCUUGGAAAUUUGUGGCAUCGCAGAAACCGUGUAGAUGAAGCAAAAACGGAUGACCCCCCAACAUCGUCAAGAUCUCGACCUUUGAAAGCUGGAAGGAGAACUCACAACGUUUAGAAUUUUACUAAAAAGCUCUCAAAAUCUCAAUACAGGCGAGACUAAAUUAUUUCAGAACAAACAUGAGCACCACCAAGAAAGAUCCUCCAAUUCUUUAUACUAAGACAUUUUUCCUGGACUCAAUCAGGUCUCCUUAGAGGUUUACAUCAUUUCAUUGGCCAAAGAUUCCUAUUCCGAGUUGUCUUAUUCAGUUCUCUUUUUGCACAUUGAGCAACUACAGUAUUUAAUUGGGAUAAGUUCUUUAUGAAUAGCCUGGGAUCUACAAAGGAUUCAAGGUAGUUCACCUCUUCAGGGAGUUUGGGAAUGGUUUUCUCUGACUAGCAGAGAAACUAUUGAUGCUGGGAAUAAAUGAAAGAAAUAUGCUCAGGGAGAUGAGGAGAGGGAUCAGGGUAACCAGGCUUGGUUGUGUUUUUCUCCCAGUCCUCCCUGUUGCAACUUCAGGAAGUCUGUUCUAGUUGGUUCAUUAAGAUGACAGCAAGGUCCUGGGAGCUUGUCCAUUUGCCUAUUACAAUGAUCAUGUGAAAUCUUUCCUUCUAAAUGUGGUGACUGCUCUACGCAAAUUUUUUGUUUGUCUUUUCCAUGUGUGUAUGUAUGUCUUUGCACAUGUACAGGUGGUGCUCUAAUGGCUGUGUGGGCCCAUUGGCUGGAAUUCAUCCCUAUGGCAACCAUAUAGGCUCUCUUCCUACUGCCUUGAUCCUAGCCUGCUUGCUUCCAUGGAGUGUUUGUCUGCGUUCUUGCUGAAUUUUUUAACUCAAUGUUUUGCCACUGUGCUGCAGUAUAGAUUAUAUAGAAAGACAUAUAUAUGUAUAUAUUAUAUAUAUAUUUUUCAGAGCUGAGAAUACAACUCGACCUCUAAGUGACCCUAUAAUUUAUUGUGCUAACCCAAUAAUCCCUCCCCACCCUGAUCCCAUCACCCACCCCCAUUACCCUACACAAAUGCACACGCACACGCAAACACACAUACCUCUACCAACUGCCCGACUUCUUGGUGGAACUUCCAAUCUUUUGGUGCAUUUCAGCGUCUUUGAAGUGGCUGGGACCUACUCAUAGCCCAGCUAAUUCCGACGCUUCUUUAAAAUUCUGAGCCAGGCCAGGAACAGGAGAACAAAACACCAAUGCCCUAGAGAAGAGGGCUAAGCUGGCAUACUGCCUUUUUUUCUCCGUUUGUCCUGGACUCUACAUCAGCAACUGCCCCAACCUGUUCUCUCCCCUUCCCCAAUAAAAUGACCUUUUUAGAGCAACCAGGCCUAAGCUCUGUGACUUAGAUGCCUGAGUUAGGGACUGACUGUCAAUCCAGUAAGAGCCUAGGCCCUUCCUCACAAGCUCCAUCUGGGCCUGCAUCUGCUGGACAAGCUAUUGGGUGAGUCCCCAAAGUCCCCAAAUCACCUUUGAAUUUUCCAUCUUGCUCUUUCUCUUGAGUAAGAGGGACAUUCAGAGUAACCAAAAAGAACAUGGCCCUGGGGAAAUGGAGGCUGCUAGUCUCUGCUUCUCCAAUGGUUCUUCCAAAUUCCUCAUAGAAACAAAGUAUGCCAAAAUUGCUCCCAAUCCCAAUUAGCUUUUUUUUUUUUUUCAGUGCCCAUUCCCAGUCAGGCAAACCUAACCAAACUCCAGUGUCCAGAGAGGUCCUGUUUGGCCUUGUAGUCCCCAUCCCACCUUCAACUCACACCUUUAGGUAAGUGUCCCUUCCCACUGAUCAAAAGAAAGCCAGAAAACUGGCCUCUCCCUACUUCUCAAACAAACUUAGCGUGCUCAAUCACCUGACUCCAUCCAGGCUGGUUCAUCGAGGUGCACAAUCCAGACUCCAACCACUGGUUCUCAGCUCUGGAAUUCCACCAGCCUAGCCCACUUAAACCAGCCGCCUGUGUUUUACCUCUGCAGGGGUGAGGAGAAAAAUAUUAACAAGGGGAUAGUCCCCAAAUGUCUGAUUACUGUGCCAAACAAAUUAAGAAGUUCUAGCUCUACAACUUUAGAACAUUAGUGGAAACUUAUAUAAACGGAAAACUUAUAUAAGCAUCAGCAUAUGUAAACUUACUGUACAUAUUUCAGUGGAGGUGUGUGCUGUUGCUGUAUCUUUGGCUUUUUCUGCAUCAUUCUUUCUUCCCAGGAGGAGGUAUUAGAUUAAAUCAGACAAGAUUGAGCGUGUUCAGGGUGGUAUGGCCAUAGACAUAUGUUAAGUCAAAUAAGGAAGGUCACCAUUGCAGCCUGACUUGAAUUCUCUAUGGCUGCACAGAUUAACACCUGCGCACUUACUUACAGAGUUGGGAACCAAGUUGCAUUUUUCUCAGAAGGACCUUUUCCAAACUGGAAAUGUUCCAAAUGAGCAAAUUUAAGGAAGAAGAAGAAGUCCUAGAAGAGGGUAGCCUUAUCUUGGCAGUGCCUAAGCAUGGCUCUGUCUUCUAAUUAUUUUUAUUGCUGAUAAUAGUAAACUAUAAUAAGAUUUCAUCUCUUGUGCUUACUUUGCUGACUUAUAAUAUGUCUUUGUAUACUGUAGUGCUAUUGUUGCUUUGUUGUACCAUCUGGAUUCCCUUUUACCCACUCUGAGCCAGAAUGAUAUUGAACAAAACCACUUGAAUUUGAGGCUGGAGUCAACUCAUGGAGAAUAACUGAUAGGUAAUUAGGUCCAGGAGCAGGUGUGGUUUGAUAAAUCACUUAGUUAUCUCCUAAAUUGCUUAGUUACCAGUUGCUUCCUCAAAGGGAAGACAGAUUGCUAAGCACCUGUUCUUGCACGUACUAGCUUGUAAACAAAGAAAAGAAUGGUAAUCUCUUUCUCCAGGGAGCUGUUUAUCCUCUGGAUAAAUAAGUUCCUUUCAGGACUUCAGUAUUAACUACUUUCAGUAACACAAUUGCUCGGGUGGUGGGGCCAGACACCAAGUACCCAUCUUAAUUAUGUUCAGAAAUGCCAUUAAGAGCCAAUGCUCUGGGGUUUGGUUGCAUCUUUGGUAGCACUUUCUGAAGGACUGAGCAGGCAAUUCCUGGAUAGAACAGUGGGGAAGGAGAACAUCAAGAGACUUGGACUGCCACCAAUUGUUUUUGGUGUCAAUACUACAGGUCUCCAAAAAGGGCCUGCACUGUGUCCAAAAGGGAAAGGGAAGAAUAAGAAAGAGAUUUUCAAUCUAAUAAAUUAUGUUAAUGAUUGAUUAGAAGACACAGUUGGGGGUCAGCAUAAUCUUCCCUCAGGACACAAGUAGAAUAAUUUUGGUUUCAUAAAAGACAGAAAUGAACACCAAAGCAAACAAACCCAUUAGCAUCAUUCCAUCCUGUAAAGGACCUCAGUUGGCAAUAUGGCUUAUGGAAUUGCAUUUGUAUCUUUGUCUGCUAAUUUUUAAUCCAUGCUGUUCUCUGUUCCAUUAUUUUUCUUUUUUUUCAAAGGCCCCUGCAAAUCAGCAGGGCCAGGGGCUGGAUGGGGAGGAAACUGGGGUAGUUGUGGGGUAACAGAUAAAAGCAUAAAGAAAAGUUCCAUAAAGUGAGCCUGUUCCUCCUCUCCCAAAUAAUGGAACACCAGUUUUCAAAAUUAAGAGUUUUGCUUCUUAAAAUAUUUUAAUAAAU